AUAAUUGACACAACAAUUAUCCAUAUAAUUGUUCAUUAUUUUCAAAAACUAUAAUUGUAGUUGACGAAUCAUUUUCAUAGAAAAAUCGAAUAAAAUCCUACCAUAUUCGUAGGAUGGCUGAAGAAUCAUCAGCUAAUUCAUCGUCAACGACGACGAUAACUUCGACAUCAACAUCAGACCAAAAUGAUAGUGAUGAUAAUGUAAAAAUAUCGACAUCGGUGGCAAUAUCAACAACCUGUAUUGGUUUGAAAAUAACACCAAAAGAGGAGGAGUGUUCGGUUCUUAAUGUAGAAAAUAAUGUUAAAGAUAAUGUUGAAGAAUUCUGUGAUAAACAACAACAACCAACGGAAACAACAGCAACAACGAUGACGAUAAUCAAAAAUGAAAAUGUGAAUAUGAAUGUUCCUCCAGAUUUAUCAUCAUUAUCAGAUACAAAUAUGCUAACAAAAAUUGAUGAAACAAAUGCAAUGGAGAUUGAUACACAAUCGUCAUCAUCGAAUAUUCAAAUGGAAACAAGCAAUGAAAAUGUUCCUUUAUCAAGGACAUCACAACAAUCUUCACUAAACAUUGUGAUCGUAAAUGAUUUCGAACAGAUCGAAAUCAGUAAUAACGAUAAUGAAGAUAUUGAAAUGCAGUCAAGAAAUCCCGUUACAACAGCAGACGAUGUUUCUUGUAGUGACAAAACUAACAAUAAUAAUAAUAAUAAUAAUAACGAUACCGUCCAACAAUUUCAGGAACAUCAAUCUGUUCACCAUCCUCCUGUAACGGAUUCAAUUAAUGAUGAACAAGAUCAUGGAUUGCAACAGCAAUUAUCAUCAUCAUCGGAAACGAAUUGUAAUGAUGAACAGCAGGAUAGAUCAGAUGAGCUAAAUGAAUCAAAAUUAUUAAUGUCAAAUAAUAAAAAUAUUAAUGAGCUUCAUGAUGUUGAUUCUUCGAUUCAAUCGCAUCCAACAUCAUUAUCAUCAUCAUCUUCAUCAUCAUCAUCGAUGAUCUCAUCAUCCACACCACCUCCGCCAUUAUUAGAUGGUCAUUAUGAUUAUAAAACUUCCAAUCAGAUGCCUUUAACUUCAUCAUCAUCUCCAACAAUAUCGAUGAUCGAAACAUGCACAACAAUCGAUCAACAGACGAUGGAAAAUUCAUGUUCAUCUUCAUCAUUAUCAUCAUCAUCAUCUUCAACGAUCACAACGCAAUCUAAAAUCGAUUGCAACAAAAUAACGGAAACAUCAACUGCCUCCAAUAAUGAUAAUAAUAUAAAUAAAAAUCAUAUUGAUUCGAAUUUACUCAAUGAAGAAGAUGAGGAGAGAAUAUUACAGCCAUGCGCAGAUGAACAUACGGCAAUUGUUGAAAUUUUUUCUGAAGAAUUUCUUCUUGGAAAUGAUCAUGCUACAAAUGUGCCAUGUUCGAAGCCUGAUAAUGAUGUAACGAAAGAAAAAUUCGAAGAUGUGGAUAAAUUGUUAUCUCCCAGUAUAGCACCGACAACGACAAUGAUUGCAACAACAAUGAACGAUACCGAUAGCAAUGUUCAAUUUCAAGCACAUGAAUCGACAAAUUAUGAUCAAAAUAAUGAUAAUGGUGAUAUUGAUGAGAUAUUGGAUCAACAUGCAUCUGCUGAUCUAUUCGAAAGUGUCAAAUUCUCCCUAUGUGAGACUGUUUCCGAUUCUGAUAAAAUCAAAAAAAUUAUGGUCGGACAUGGUGCAAAGUUUCUAAAUUAUCUUUCAGAUUCUGCAACUUAUUUUAUUGCUGAUGAUCCUGAUCAUCCAAGUGUUAGUGAAGCAAUCGAUAUUUUUGAAAAACCAGUCCUCACUAGUCAAUGGGUUUGGCUUUCAUUACGUGCCAACCGAAUGCUUCCUAUCGAACCAUUUAUAUUGAUCGAUUCGAACAAUGAUCGAUGCAAUCGAUUAUUUUCAAACAUUGUUGCCUGUGCCAGCCAGAUUUCAUUGAAUGAUUUGAAAAAUUUAUGGUCAAUGCUAAGCUAUUAUGGAGGCAAAUUUCAAUUACAUUUAGAUCAUAAUUGUACACAUUUGUUAACGACAAAAAUUUUUGGCAAGAAAUAUGAAAUAGCCGCAAAAGAAUCAUCAUUUGAAAAAAUUCAUAUAGUUACACCAGAUUGGAUUAUCGAUUCGAUUAAACAGCAAAAAUUAUGUGAUGAAAAACGUUAUCAUCCCAGAUUGUUGAUUGAUUAUCAUCAAAAUGUACAUGGACGGAAUUCUUCGCUCAAAAAUGCUAAGUCAUCAAAUACAAUGGCCAUAAAGCAUUCUAUAAAAUCUGAACAACUGCAGGAUUGCGAUAAUUCAAAAACAUCAUUGACAAAUUCAACGCCAGCAAUCAAAUCGGUUACCAUGUCCAUUUCAACUGAAGCUGUAGUAACGGCGAAAAAAUCUUCAAAUGAUGUUCCCAUAACGACUGCGACAGCCACCAUGAUAAAAUCGUCAUCGCAUUCACUAUCGCCUACAUUAUCAUCACCUUCAUCUACAUCUCAACCAACAAAGCCUUCAUUCGUUCCGGCCUCAACAGCUACAGUGCCUCAUUGUUCACAACCACCACAACAACAAUCUCAUGCCCAACCACAAUCAUUAUUAGCAUCAAAACAGUAUCAUUCUCAGCAACAGAUUCGGCAUCAUUCAUCACAACAAGUGAUGGUAAACAACAAUACUUCAAAUGUUCAAACGAUGCAGCAACCGCCGAAUCAACAUUCACAACGGUUGCCGUUGCAUCAAUUCCAGCAACAAAUUCGUCAACCAUUGGUCCAUUCAAUCAAAAAUCCGAACAUAGGACCUCAAUCACAGCAGAAUAUAGUGCAACAGCCCCAACAACCUCCGCGAGAAAUAGUGCCUCCAAUGUGUCAGCAGCAACAACAACAACAGCAGAUAAUGUCAACGCAUCAGCCUACUGGUUCAGCUUAUCCACAUCUUCAACAAGGUUCGGGUCAACAGUAUACACCUCCUCAAAUGAUCCCAAAUCAAUCACCCGGUCCACAACAAGUGUACAUUCAACAACAACAACAACAAUCAGCUAUGUAUCAACAACAAAAUCAACAGCAAUAUCGAGGACAAUAUGUUCCUGGACCACAACAGCAGCAAAUGAUGUCGCAAAGAAUGCUGUCUCCAUCAUCCAAUUCAGGAAUGAUGCAACAACAAUAUCGUUCACAACAACCUCAACAAGCCCAAUUUUCUCCUAAUUCGCAACAGCAACAAUUUCGUCCAAGACAACCGAUUCCGAAACAACAACAGUAUGUUAAUAGACCUCCACAAAUGGUUCCUGUUGGACCACAACAGCAAUAUAUGGUGAAUAAUCAAGCAAAUAAAACGAAUCCACCACAACAACAACAACAACAAAUGGUUCGAAUGAUUCAGCCUCCACAACAACAGUCACAACAGUUUUCCAAUCAAUCCAAUUAUGCUGGAAAUCAUCAAUCAUCGAAUAUUCCUGCACAUCCAUCUCAGCUUCAAAACCAACAACGAAUGUCAAUGUUGAGGAUUUCGGUUCCGCCGCAACAGCAACAAAUCCUAAACAGUAAUCAACAGUCACCAGUCCAACCUCAUCCGGUUUGUCAAUCCCCAUCCGGUGGUGGUACCUCUAUGAUGAAUUAUGUUCAACAAUCUAAACCUGGAGUCCGACCAGGUAUGAUGAUUCCGAAUAAUGCUAAUGGUGGUCUAUCGCAGCAACAGCAGCAGACUCGACCAGCCGGAAUGAUGAUGAGACCCAUGCAACCCUAUUCUUCUCAACAACAACAACAAAUGGGUCCAACAGGUCAUGCAAUGCAACAAAUGUCCACAAGGCUACCACAGACACCUACUGGUGGACAACAACCAAUGUCUCCACAGCAACUUCAAUUCAUUCGACAACAGCGAUGGUCGCAACCAGAUUAUAAUCAACAACAGCAACAGUAUACAAGGCCACAAGUGAUCCCACCUGGAGUUCAGCAACAGCAGGCUUGGAUUCGACAGCCGAUUCAGCAAUCACAACAUAGAUUUCCACUUCAACAACCUCAGCAGCAGCAACAUGUAUCACAGGGACAAAUGAUUCGAAUGGUAACAAAACCGAUGCCGCCUAAUCCAUCCAAUCUAUCACCUCAACAACAGCAGCAAUUCUAUGAUCCAUCAUCAUCAUUAUUGAUGAAUAAUAAGGUUAGAGCUAAUAUUAAUCAUAGCCCACAACAUCAUCAACAGGAUUCUGCUAUCGCUGUGCAGCAAUCAGCAAACAGCGUCAUUCAUAAUCAACAAUCACCAAUGGUUUCAAUACAGGCAAUGAAUAGUCCAAACAAUAAUUCUAUGAUUCCAUCGCCGGUAGCAUCAUCUCAACAGCAAUCGUUAGUUAAUAAUUUACCACAGUCAGCCAUCAAAACACAGUUGAUAGUGACGAACACGAAUUCAUCAUCUGUUUCCUCUCCCAGUCAUCAUCAACAACAAUCAUCCAGUCCUGGAACACCUGCUCAAGUUUCUGUACCAAUUUCAUCAUCAUCAUCAGUUGUGAAUGAAAAAACAAAAACAGCAUUGGCCAAUUUACUAAAUAAUCGAUUGAAUUCUCAGCUACAACAACAAAAUCGAAAUAGUGGUGAUACCAAUUCGAUAACCACUGUGACGACACCAUCAUUAUCAAGUGGUUCAUCCUCAUCGCCAUCAUCGCCAGCAUUACAUAAUCAUCAGAGCGCGAAAAUUACAUUACAACCAGUAACUGUAUAUUCUCCUAAUAAUAAUAAUAAUGUAAAUAAUUCUGGGGCGUCAAAUAAUGUGAUGAAUCAAUCACCUGUUCAUCAACAAGCGGAUCAAUCAUCGUUACAUAAUCAACAUCCUGGUCAACAUUAUGGUGGUCAGCCGCUACCAUCAUCAUCGAUGAUACCUAGUCAACAACAACCACAAAACGUCGGUCUAUAUAGUUCUAAUAAUCAACAUGCCCAUUAUUCACAGCAACAACGACCGAUGAUUGGUCCACAAUCAAUUCAUGUGGGUCAGCGUUAUCCUACUCCUUCACCUCAUCAUAUACCAUCACAGCAUUCACCUAUAGGGAAUUCAUCAGCAUUACCAGGAAAACCCAAUACCUUUCAGCAUUCUUCGGCAUCAUCAUCACCUGUCCCAACUGGUGGUUCAACUCCUUCAACACCAAGUCCAACAUCGGCAGGAUUGCAUCAUUUAUCUGGACAUAUACAUAAUUACCCGGUUGCACCUAAUCCUCAUUCAUUUUCUUCCAUGCAUCAUUCAAAUCAGAUACUUUCGCCCAUGCAAUCUUUCAAUCAACAUCAUUCACAUCAAACGAAUGUAACUGGUUCAUCAUCUCAUCAUCAUGCCAUGCAACCACAUCAUCAUUCGCUUCAUCAACUUGGACAAGUUCGUCAAACAUUUUGUCCAAAUGCUAAUCAGCAGCAACAGCAUCCACCAUAUAUUCCUCAUCCUCCCAAUAUGCAACAACAUCCACAUGCGAAUAGAACAAUGGUUCCUUUUCAUCAUCAUCAGCAACAUGGAGCUACUCGACAACACCUUUCAUCAUCAUUUCAGCAACAACAUUUGCAAUCUUUAGCCAUACGUUUCUAUGGACAUGAAACAACAUCUGGAUCUCUUAUCGGAAAUAAAAGCUGCUUAAUUGGCUGUACCUUUUAUAUUUCAAACGUAUAUGCUGAAAAUCGUUACACAUCAAAUUUGAUCGACGGCUGGAAACGUCGUAUAGAAAAAUUUGGUGGUAAAGUUGUUACUGAUCUUAUAAACAAUAAUGUGACACAUGUCAUAACCGAACAUUUGAAUUUACCAAUGCGAACAUCUCAAUGUCAAUAUCAACAAAUAUUACCCCAACAAAAUGGUGAUCAUCGUUAUGUAUCGAUAUUCUGGUUGAAUGAUGUGUUAGAGUCUGGGCGAUUACUUCCACCAUGGCGUUUUUAUCAUCUUCCUGUAGCAUUUAAUCCACAACUAAUGCCUUGUAAACAUCAUGUGAUCUCUAUAACAAAUUUCCAUCAAGAUGAACGUUCAAUGCUAAAACAUUUAAUAGUUCGAACUGGCGCUCGUUAUACAGAUUAUCUAACUCAAAAAAAUACUGUACUGAUUUGUAAAAGGCCUGAAGGAGAAAAAUAUCUAAAAGCCAUGAAAUGGCGUAUGGCUGUUGUAAACAUUACAUGGCUGCAAGAUGUGCUUUUUGGCAAUGGAGAUUGUAUAUCCGUUGGUAAUCUACCAAAAAGAUAUCGAAUUUUUGAUCAUCAAAAUGUGCAGUCUACGAAAAUAAAUGGCAAAGAAAAUAAAGAAUCAGAAAAAAAUUCAGAAUCAACAAUGCAAAAAGAUACAUUCAAAUUGGACUAUAAUGUGUCCCAAGGUAUGAUGUCUUCAUGGCGUUCGCCGAUCAGAUAUGAUGAAAAAGAUCUCAUUAAACAUCAAGAAAUGGUCAAACAACUUGAAGAGCAAAAGAAAAUACAGGAAAAAACUAAUAAUCAAAAAACUGAUACUGAAUCAUCCACAACCGAAGACAACAGCAAGACUAAUAAAAAAUUCAAUGGUGAAAUCUCAUCGAAUAAUGAUGAACAAAAUACCUCUGAUUAUAAACAACAUGGUUCUAAAAGAUUAUUAGAAAAUGAUGGAGAAGAAAAUGUUGUCAAGAAUGCUCUACCAAAUGGUGAUCAUAUGAAUAUUGAUGAUCAGGAUGAAGAUUCUCUAAUAUUAUCAACCAAACGAUUCAAAACUUCAGAUGAAAAUGAAGAUCCUCAUUCGAUCGUUAAAGAAGUAGUAAUGUCUUCGCUGGAUAAUAUUUUGGCCAAGUCAGAAUCCGAAAAUUUAAACCUUAUCAAUAAUGAAGAAGAGAAUAGCUGUCAAACAAAUGAUAGCUUUUAUGGAUCAUCAACAUCAAAUAAUACACCGACCAAUGGUACUCAUCCAAUGAUUUCGGUGAAUGGAACAAACAGUGAUUCGAAUAACAGCUCAAACCUUCAUGAUAUUAGCGCUGAUGAUAUCGUAACUUUAUCUUCAUCGCCACCAUUACAAAAUGAUGCAAAUUCUUCCGAAUUCAAAGUCCCAUUAGAUGUGAAUCAACGAAAAUUUCAAUUAAAAUUAAAACAACAAUUACGUCCAUCAAAUGAAUAUGUUAUUAUGUUGGUCGGCCUAAUCCGUCGAUCGGGCCAAUAUGAACGGUACAGACAAAUUAUACAAAAUCUUGGUGGUCGGGUUGUACAACAACCAGCCGAUUGCCUCAAGGCAACACAUCUGGUCAUCGGAUCAGAAUGGAAUCGUACCUUGUUGCCGAAAAUUUCCAUAAAUUUUUUAUGUACCUUUGCUCGGACAAAAUUUAUGGUUAACAGUGAUUGGCUUGAUCAGUCUUCGAAAGCCGAACAUUUUUUAUCAGAGCAACAAUUUGAAUAUGCACGAACAUCUUAUGAUAAUCAUCCGGAAAACAAUGUUCAAGAUCAACAGGUUUCAAUGACAAAUAUCGAAGAUCAAAGAUCAAAUUCAUCAUCCACUUCAUCAUCAUCACUUUCAUCUUUUACAUCAUCAUCAUCGCUAAUAUUUGAAACGUAUCAGAUAGAUUUAUGUAAAUCAUGGCAACGUCGUCGCUCGGAUUUGUUUCAUAAUAUUCUUUGUUUAUUGACACCUAGCCUCAUUCCUGCACCUCCCAUAUUGAAACAAAUUAUUGAGGCAAACGGUGGCCAAGCUGUUUUGAAACGUAUGCCUAAUCGAAGACAAUUGAUGCAUUUAUUCGACCAAAACGAUGGCCCAAAAUGGCCAAUAAAAAUUGUCAUAAUCACUUGUGAAACAGAUUUACAUUUGCUGGCUGAUUAUUUAAUACAGCAUCCACAAGUUGAAAUUGUUAACUGUAAUUUUAUUGUCGAUUCAAUAUUGAAACAAAAUAUUGAUUAUAAAUCAUUUCGAUUGAUUCCCGAACAAUUGAAUGGAUUAUCUAACACAAUUAAGACAACAACAACGAACAUAUGUGGAACAUCAGUCAAUUCUAAUGCCAAAGAUUCUAACAAUAACAUACAUCUAAAUCAAAAUCAUCAUUCUCAUUCAAAUCCUCAUCUUGUACCGACUACCACAGCACCACUACCAAAAUAGUCAUUAUCAUUUACAUUACCAUCAUUAUCAUUGUCUUCGGAACGAAAUGAAAAUUCUUCCACAAAAUAGUGUUCAGAACAUAAAUAUUUCAUUUUUUUUUCUUUCGAUUCGACAUUAAACACAUUUUUUUGUUAACAUUCGCUAUUGUGAAUAGCAUAUUCACAUCUUGCAAAUCAUCACAACACUAUCGUGUUUGGAAAUUGAUUUUAUUGUGUCUUCAUUUUUUUUUGUUUGAUCUAUCAUUCAUCCCUUUUCAACAACCUUGUCCACAACAG